AUGGGAAACAACAGUUCUCACAAGAGGACCAAAGUGCCCAAGCAGGCCUGCAAGGAGAGGCUGCCCAAUAUGGACAAGGCUGGGCAGAAACAGCAGUUCAGCCACCUCAAGCGGAAGAAGCCAAGCGCCAAGAUCGUGCUGCUUUUCCCCUUGGACAAGCGGCAGCAGCUAGCCGAGGUGGCGGCGGGCCCCGGCGCGCGGCCUGGGCGGCCAGGUGAGGACGCGACGGGCGGCCCGGUGGGCUCCCCGGCGGCGGCGUCCAUGCUGCGAGGAGCGGGUGACGGCGCUGAUCGGCGCGAGGGCGCACGCGCGCGCGAGAUGAAGAAGAUCUUGGUCCUGCUGCUGCUGCUGGACGCGCGGCUGCAGGAGGAGGGGCGCUGCGCGGCGGGCGCGCCCGGGGGCGGGGCCGGAGCGGGGGGCGGAGCCACGGUGGCGCCGGGCUGGCAGCGGCUGUACGCGCGCCUGCUGACCGAGAGCGAGGUGGACCCCGAGGCCGACCCCGCCAAGGAGCAGCCGCGCAAGCGGCGCCGCUGCCCUCGCCCGCGGCCCUGA